CCCCCGGAAGGCUCCGCAGACCUCCGGGUCGUCUCGGGCUGCACUCGUGGGGUCUAGUUAAUCUUGGGCUUGUCCUUCCUGGUGUGAGCGGGAGCCGAGUUGGUGGGUCCCGUAGCUCUUUUAAAAUAUACUGUGUUGACGUCAAAUGCAGGAUCGGGGCAGUCUUGAUUCCUCGGCGGGUGUACCGUGUGCCCGUGGCAUAGCACGAGGCUGUCACGUCAAGGAGAGCGACUCACGAAGGAGGAAAAGGAAAGGAAUAAUGCUGUCAGCAUGUCCGCACACUCCAUGCUCUGUGAACGAAUCGCCAUAGCCAAGGAACUGAUCAAGAGAGCGGAAUCACUUUCUCGAUCAAGGAAAGGUGGUAUAGAAGGUGGUGCAAAGCUGUGCAGCAAAUUGAAGGCAGAAUUAAAAUUCCUACAGAAGGUAGAAGCUGGGAAAGUAGCUAUUAAGGAAUCCCAUUUACAGAGCACUAAUCUAACACACCUAAGAGCCAUUGUGGAAUCAGCAGAAAACUUGGAAGAAGUUGUUAGUGUUCUUCAUGUCUUUGGUUACACAGAUACCUUGGGAGAAAAGCAGACCCUUGUGGUGGAUGUAGUUGCAAACGGUGGUCAUACGUGGGUGAAAGCCAUUGGCCGCAAGGCUGAAGCUCUACACAACAUUUGGCUGGGCAGGGGCCAGUAUGGUGACAAGAGCAUCAUUGAGCAGGCUGAAGACUUCCUCCAGGCCAGUCACCAGCAGCCAGUGCAGUAUAGCAAUCCUCACAUCAUCUUUGCGUUUUACAACAGUGUCUCCAGCCCCAUGGCGGAGAAGCUCCAAGAAAUGGGCAUAUCCGUGCGAGGAGACAUAGUAGCGGUUAACUCUCUGUUACAUCACCCCGAAGAGCUCCAACCAAGCGAGAGUGAGUCCGAUGACGAAGGCCCUGAACUUUUGCAAGUGACCAGAGUAGACCGAGAAAAUAUCCUAGCAAGUGUUGCGUUUCCAACAGAAAUUAAGGUUGAUGUGUGCAAAAGGGUAAAUCUGGACAUUACUACUUUAAUCACAUACGUAUCUGCCCUCAGCUAUGGAGGCUGCCACUUUAUCUUCAAAGAAAAAGUGCUCACAGAACAAGCCGAGCAAGAGAGGAAAGAGCAGGUGUUACCACAGCUGGAGGCGUUUAUGAAGGACAAAGAGUUGUUUGCUUGUGAAUCUGCUGUCAAGGACUUUCAGUCUAUUCUAGAUACCUUAGGAGGACCUGGGGAGAGAGAGAGGGCCACUAUGCUAAUUAAACAAAUUAAUGUGGUGCCAGACCAGCCUUCUGAGCGUGCCUUGAGACUAGUGGCCAGUUCAAAAAUCAAUAGCCGCUCAUUAACAAUUUUUGGGACGGGAGACACUCUAAAAGCCAUCACAAUGACUGCCAAUAGUGGUUUUGUCAGAGCUGCCAACAACCAGGGUGUUAAAUUUAGUGUGUUUAUCCACCAGCCCAGAGCGCUUACUGAGAGCAAAGAGGCCCUGGCCACCCCCUUACCAAAAGACGACACAACUGACAGCGAACACUAAUGAUAUCCUUUAAAUAUUGUCAUGGAAGUAAGUUACUUAUACCAAAGGCUGGGUCUUCCCAUCUUAAAUGGGGAAGAAAAAAAGGUCUAUAGUACACAUAACAUUUAGAACUCUUAAACCAGUAGAGUUGAUUGUGUGUGUCAUCUAUAAAAUAUAUAACCUCCUACAGCAGUAGCAAAAGCACAAGAGACAACCUUAUUUAUCAGACUGUCUACAUGAUAGCAGUUAAGAACAGAAAUACAUCUAUAUUAAAGCUUUUAGCUGUGUUGUAGUACUUUUGUUUGAUUGAGUAGGGCAACAGCCCCCUAGUGGUCAUCAGCAUUUCAUGGAAUAUGGCUACACUGCAUCUUGCAUUAAAUAUCUGGAGAAAACUC